AUGAUCGCGGAGUUGCUGAGCAGCGCCCUGGGGCUCGCCCUGUACCUCAACACCCUGGGCGCCGACUUCUGCUACGAUGACAGUCGAGCUAUCAAGACAAACCAGGACCUUCUGCCUGAGACGCCGUGGACCCAUAUCUUCUACAAUGACUUUUGGGGGACACUGCUCACUCACAGUGGGAGCCACAAGUCCUACAGACCUCUCUGCACGCUCUCCUUCCGCAUUAACCAUGCCGUUGGAGGGAUGGACCCAUGGGGCUACCACCUUGUAAACGUCCUGUUACAUGCUGCAGUCACAGGCCUUUUCACAAACUUCUCCAGGAUCCUGUUUGGGGAUGGGUACUGGACCUUGAUAGCAGGCCUGCUGUUUGCGUCUCAUCCGAUCCACACGGAAGCCGUAGCGGGGAUCGUAGGGAGGGCAGACAUUGGAGCCUGCCUCUUCUUUCUGCUUUCCCUGAUGUGUUACGUGAAGCACUGCUCUACUAGAGGUUCCUCACCGAGUACUUGGGGCUGGAUCUUGGGAGCGGGGCUGUGUGCAGGAUGCAGUAUGCUGUGGAAGGAGCAAGGAGUGACUGUUCUGGCCAUUUCAGCAGUGUAUGAUAUCUUUGUUUUUCAUCGACUGAAAAUGCAUCAGAUCAUUCCUGCUUUAUACAAGAGAAAGAAUUUGACCCUCCUCUUCAGCAUUGGUUUAUUGACCUCCUGGGGGACUGCACUGCUGGGUGUCCGCUUAUACUGGAUGGGCAACAAGCCCCCGAGUUUUUCCAAUUCUGACAAUCCAGCAGCUGACUCAGACAGUUUUCUCACACGUACGCUGACCUUCUUUUACCUGCCAACCAAGAACCUCUGGCUGUUGCUGUGCCCAGAUACUCUCAGCUUUGACUGGUCUAUGGAUGCCGUGCCUCUUCUGAAAGCAGUCAGCGACUGGAGGAAUCUACACACUGUGGCCUUCUAUGCUGGACUCCUCCUCCUUGCCUACUUUAGCUUGAAGGGCUCCAGCAAUGAGAGAGAAUGCAACGGGAAAACUGUAAUGAACGGCAAGCAGAAUGCUAAUGGGCAUAGCUGCCACUCAGAGAUGGAGUACAAGACACUGGAGGUGAAGUCAAGCUUUGCAUCAAAAGAAGAGAAUGGUAUAAAAAAGCAUGAAAUGCAGAAACUGCAGCUUCCUUCAACUGAGAACAUUGUCAUUCUUUCUCUGUCUUUGUUAAUAGUGCCCUUUGUUCCUGCCACAAACCUGUUUUUCUAUGUUGGCUUUGUAAUAGCAGAGCGUGUGCUGUAUGUUCCUAGUAUGGGCUUCUGCCUGCUGGUUACAGUAGGUGUCAGGGCCCUUUAUGUCAAAGCCCAAAAGCGCUUUCUGAAGAACUUGGUUUUUUGUUCCACUGCUGCAUUAAUUGUUUUCUAUGGACUCAAGACUGUUGUCAGGAAUGGGGACUGGCAGAAUGAGGAGAUGCUGUAUAGGUCAGGGAUAAAAGUAAACCCUGCUAAAGCAUGGGGUAACCUUGGAAAUGUUCUCAAGAGCCAGAGCAAGAUUUCUGAAGCUGAAAGCGCCUAUAGAAAUGCCUUGUACUACCGCAGCAACAUGGCUGAUAUGCUUUAUAAUUUAGGAUUACUACUUCAGGAAAACAGCAGGUUUUCGGAGGCUUUGCAUUACUAUAAACUGGCAAUUGGUAGCAGACCCACCCUAGCUUCUGCCUAUUUAAAUACUGGUAUCAUCCUGAUGAACCAAGGGAAGACAGAGGAAGCCAGGAGGACUUUCCUGAAGUGUUCAGAGAUCCCUGAUGAAAAUUUGAAAGAUCCUCAUGCUCAUAAAAGCUCUGUUACUAGCUGUCUUUAUAACUUAGGAAAACUUUUUCAUGAACAAGGACACUAUGAGGAUGCCCUUAUAGUUUACAAAGAAGCAAUACAGAAAAUGCCAAGGCAGUUUGCACCACAGAGCUUAUACAACAUGAUGGGAGAAGCCUAUAUGAGAAUGAGCCGGCUGCCAGAAGCAGAGCGCUGGUACAUGGAGUCACUGCGAUCCAAGAGCGACCACAUCCCAGCCCAUCUCACCUACGGAAAACUGCUGGCUCUGACGGGACGCAAGAGCGAGGCAGAAAAAUACUUCGUGAAGGCUAUUCAGCUGGAUCCUACCAAAGGAAACUGCUACAUGCAUUAUGGUCAGUUCCUCCUAGAAGAAUCCCGCCUGAUAGAAGCAGCUGAGAUGGCAAAAAAAGCAGCUGAACUUGAUAACACAGAAUUUGAUGUUGUUUUCAAUGCAGCCCAUAUGCUCAGACAAGCCAGUCUCAAUGAAGAAGCCGAGAAGUAUUAUGAAAUGGCAGCAGGAUUAAGACCCAAUUAUCCAGCUGCCCUAAUGAAUCUUGGAGCCAUUCUCCAUCUGAAUGGUAAACUGAAAGAGGCUGAAGAAAACUACCUCCUUGCUCUUCAACUUAAACCUGAUGAUGUCAUCACUCAGUCCAAUCUUCGCAAAUUGUGGAAUAUCAUGGAGAAACAAGGUUUGAAGACAUCCAAAACAUGAUGAUGAAAACUCUGAACUUUUUUUUCUUAAAUUGAUUGAAACCAUGAACUAGAACUUCCACACAGUUGUCCGAUCAGAGAACUCAUUGGACUUGACUGCAAGGAUCAGAGGUCUUAAUUGCUGCUAGGAGAAGCUAUUCUGCUUUUUUGGCAUAAGUUUUUUUGCUAGAUAAAUAGAAAAAGGGAGACUUUGAGAUAUUCAUGAAGGACUUGUUACCCCACGAAAAUAUUUAGAACCAUAGCACUUGGGAGAAGAUGUUUUGGCAUAUUUGAUAAAUCAUUGCAAAUCCCAUAUUACUCACUUUUGGGUGGGUACUUGAAAUGUAUACUGUCAUAGAAAUACUAAGGGAAAAUUGUACAGUAUACACUAAGCCAUAUGGGAGUAAAAGUGGUAAUAGUAGGUUAAAGUAUUUUGCUGAUAGUGUAACUCAUUAAAAUGUAUACUAAAUCCAGUGUGUUUGCAGUUUGUCUUAAUGCUGCUGUAUCUCACUUUAGGACCACUUGCUUACCAAUUUCACAGCUUAUAUGGCCAAUUUUUUCAAACCUGUCACUUGCGAUUAGAUGACAGCAUUCUAAAUUGUUUACUGAGAAUAUGCAUAUUAUUUCAGCUUGUUAAGUUUUAAUGCAGUUUUCUUGAGAUACACAGUCAAAUGGCUGUGGGCUAGACAGAAUGAGCAUGGAAC